GAAGACUGAGUUGAAAAAAUGGGCCGUAGGUGUGAAUUUGCGGGUUGUCGGAACGUUUCCGGCCUGUUCCCAGAGCGAAGAACUUAUCAUGGCUUUCCGAAGGACGCUGCUCUCUGUCGCCGGUGGGUGGCCAACUGUGGGAAUCCGGAAGUUGACGGCUGUGUUUCAAAAGUUUGGACAGACCGGUUUGAAACAGCGAAAAGUUUGUUCAGACCACUUUUCGGAAAACGAGCUGACAAGUGGAUUGGCCAGGAGACCGGUUCCAGGUGCUGUGCCAAGGUCUCGAAUCCAGGUAGCCAGCGGCCAAUUUUUGUCAAACGAUGACUGCAGGAGUGGUGAAUCGCGUGGGAUACCUACUUCGGUCAACUGGGCCGAGCACGAGACCGUCGACCCGAGGGAACUUGACGUGCCCGACAAACCUAGUUAUCAGCAAACAAAUUCGUCUUCUUCAAAGCGACAGAUCAAGCGGUGUCCGCGAUGAUCAAGGAUCAAGUGGUGUACGCGACGAACAAGAUCUACUUACAGAGACGGACCAGAUGGUCAGCUGGACCUAUCUGCCCCAUAACACCAACGAGUCGAUCGGAAUGCCAGAUGAGAUCAUCGAGCUCGAGCUACUCGAAUCAUCCGACGACGCUCCCACACAUCAUCUAGUUCAGUGCCUCG